CAACCCAUCGAACAGAUCGAUCGAAUACAAUUUAUAGAGGUACAGAUAGACAAUGUCGCAACAUUACGCCAACGCCGAAAGCAGAACAACAACAGCAACAAGGACAGGGACACCCGCCUACCAAUUCCACCGCCCCGCUUCCUCUCUCCUCAUCGCCUCCAAACGACCCCUCACGAAGCCCAGCCCCGUGCCCCAAACGAUAAACCCCAGCGUUCAUCCCGCCAGCGUCACCAUCAAAUCUCCGUUGUCUUCGAUAGCUACUGCUACAGCUACAACCACAGGAACUACGGACCGAUCAAAAGCGCAUACUGUCGAGAUGAACCUGUCGCAGCCGCCGCAGCCGUUCCUUGAUCCCGGCGUGUGGGAGCGGAUGAAGGCCGCGGGAGGGAUGCAUCAAGGGGUCCAAGUGCUGAGAGGGAGGAAGGAGAGGAGGAGAGAAGGCGGCGGAGGGAGCGCGAGGCGGAGUUUGGGCAGAUGGCGGUGCGAGGGAGAUUGGGGGAAUUGGGAGGCAGAGGAGAUGAUACGCUGUCGUAGAUUGGAUUGAUUUUGUUUAUCGUAUAGUAGUAGUACAUCCAGUACACAUAUGGCUUAUAUCAAUGAACUCAAAGAACAAAAAGCAAAUGCAGGCAAACCCUAGACAAUCUCAUGCUGGCUCGUUCUCGUCGUCAUAUCGUAAGUCGUUAAAUGUCAUGC